CACUCUGGCCUUUAUAAGACUGUGCAGGUCGCAUUCACGAACACAACUCCAAAGCGACCGACCGAGCUCAUCCGAAACAUCGCCGCCCCCUCGUUGCUUCACUUCUGUGUCAUACGAAGCAAAACUUGUGAGGUUGAAGAAGCCAAAAUGAUGUUUGCAGCAUUUCUGAUCAUCGCAUCGGCCAUGUUCCUUGGCACUGGAACUGCUGUUGCCGUUAAGCCUCCAUCCUCACCUCCCAAUUCUACCCGUGAGUUCAGCAUCGAUCAUGUAUUUUUCGUGAAUCCGAUCAAACGUGCUUAUGUAACCUUCCUGAUGGCCAUCCUCAUUGGCUACAUCUGUUUCAUUAAAUUUACGAAGUUCCAUCCAUGAAUCGCGGUCCCUGGAGCGCACUCUAUUUGCACAAUUAUUGCACAUCGUAUGGAUACAAAGGUGGCCUAUGUUACGACCCCGUCUAUUGCUG